AUGGGGGGGAGACUGUUCUCAUUGAGAUAUGGUUGUACCCAUGGCGAGCUAAUUGAAAUGGCAAAAGAUGAUUACGGGGUUGAUAAGAAUUAUGAGCUUAUAGAGGUAUCAUAUCCACUUCUAGCUGAUAUGCUCCGGCAGAUGCCUAUUGAUUCUCCUCCUAUGUUUGUUACGACUGAUAGGCAAGUUCAAAGCUUGAUUGAGCUAAGUAGAGCCCAUGUAAAACGGCUCUGUGUUUCGAGCCAGCAAAAAACGAUGCACCAUGAGGUGAUAAUGUAG